CAUGGUGUUGUUAUAUUGAUUGCUCCGGCUUGUGCGGUGUAGGCUAUGAUUUGUAGAAUAUUUUCACCUCCCGUUUCGUUCCGUAACGUCCAGUUUGGUUCGUCUUUAAGUACGCAAUACAAUAGGGAUUGAAAAAGCAGUGACUUGACCAUGGAAUGGCGAUUUUAUAUCGAUAUUAUUUAUAUUCUCAGUUGCAGGAUCAAAUUUACAUUAAAAAGAGAAAAAGAAGCAAUAUCUCUGAACUUCGUAGCAGCUAUAGAUAAACAUAAACAUAGGAUGUCCCAUCUUUGCUGAAUAUUUGCAUCAGAGAUUUUAAUGUCAUGCCAUGUUGGUUAAAAAUGGCUUCUGUCAGAGGCUUCACGAAAAAUAUUCCCUUUAUACGUCAGCAAUUUGUCGCUCUUUUGGGAAAUACGAGUCUGUCCGUUAAGUUUAUAUGUGUGGUGGUUUUGUGUUGUUACUUUUUCUCUUUUUCGGAAGAAGCUGUUCGUGUACUAAGUGUGACACCAGGCUACCUCCUGCCACCUGUGUUCUGGAUUUGGACAGCAUUUACGUAUUGUUUCCUUGAACUUCAUUUCUGGGAAGUGUGUGUUGAUAUUAUCACAGUAGGGUUGUGUGGAAAACUGAUUGAACCGUUAUGGGGUGCGUUUGAGAUGAUGACAUUUUUUGCAAUUACAAAUAUUGGUGUUGCCUUGUUAAGUGCUCUGUUUUAUUUAAUACUUUAUAUGUGUACAUUUAAUCCAGACCUGUUGUUUACCGUCCAUAUACAUGGUUUGGCUGGUUAUAUUGCUGGUGUGUCAGUAGCUGUAAAGCAAAUAAUGCCUGAUCACAUUAUUCUUAAGACACCUCUAGGAAAACUAACGAACAGGAACGUUCCUCUCAGUGUUUUAUUCAUGUCACUAGUGUUGUGGUUAAUUGGACUACUGGAAGGCACAUAUCCGACUAUGUUUAUGUCUGGUUUGCUAGUAAGCUGGACAUACCUAAGGUUUUACCAGUAUCACACUAAUGGAACGAGAGGAGAUAUUGCAGACAAUUUCACCUUUGCAAGUUUCUUCCCAAAUGUACUGCAACCACCCAUUGCAGUUCUGAGCAACACUGUGCAUGGAUUUCUUGUGCGUAUGGGAAUAUGCAGGCGAAUGGUACGGCGGUAUGAUAUGUCUGCUCCUGCAGGUAUCACUAUUAGCUUGCCUGGCAUUGACCCACAGGAUAUGGAAAGACGCAGGCAAAUAGCACUAAAGGCUCUUAGUGAGCGUUUAAGUAAAGUGGAGCCUCUGCCUGCACCUGCCUCUGCUGCGUGGGAGCAGCAGCAGCAGCAGCAGCAGCAACAACAACAACAACAACAACAACAGAAACAACAGCAGAAGCAACAAGACCAACAGAAGCAGCAACAACAGGUGGUGUCAGAUAGCACCAGUGUGUCUAUCAACAUAAGUGACAGUAAAACGACAGAACCACCACAAACUACUUUACCCCCACAGACGUGACCUGUGCCUCCAUGAGGCAAAAGUUAUUGCUCUUCAUUUUCUUAUCUGAAUACUGUCCAUAGAAGUGGUUACAUACAAAACACUUCUGUACGUGGGAUCCCAGAUUUUUUAAAAUUAAACUUUUAAGUGGUAUGGCACAUCUUUGGAAUAUUCUGUCAAUAUUUUUGCAGAAGUAAUAACUCUAGUUCAUAUGAUGUUGAUCUGCAGAGUUGUGGCUUUGUAAAGUGCAGUUGUGUUAUUGCACUUUGCAGCAGUGAUCAAAAAUUGUGAACUCAUAGUAUUUAUUAUUUCUUCUUGUUUGAACUGACAGUAGCUAUAGGCCACUGGUUUUGUGUCACUGCUAUUCACAUUGGGAAGGCUGCAUGCAACCCAUUGUGGGCACCAGGAAGAUGACAAAAUCCUGCUCAUAGUGAAAAAAAUCUUUAUUUUUCUAAAAGUUUUCCUUUAUUCAGUGUGUGAAGUGUCACAAAGCCUCACGUGAUGAUUUUUGGUACUGCAUAGAUAAAUGUUUUUGAAUGUAAAUAUUCAAACAUAAAAAUAAGAUAUCAGAAGAAGAGAUAUUAUAAGUAAACUUUUUAGAAGUCUUCUAAAAAUCGUGUUUAUGUGUACUGACUCUUUAAAAUAGCAGUGUCAACUGAGAGACUGAUUGUUAUUGGUUAUUACUGUUAAGAGUUGAAUGGCAAUUAUUCUGCACCUUGUGCUGUGCUAGUCCUUAUAACUGUUAUGUCACAAAGAAUGGAACCUUAGAGGUGAAUGAGAGUUGCCAAAAGUGAAUAACUUUAUUUUUGUUUGUGCAAAGUCACACUGUUUAUUAUGUACAUGCAUACUUAUGAAGUGAAUGUAUAUAAAGAGAGAGACUUUGUUGAUUUUGUGUAACAAAAUAUUUUUCAUAUUUUUUCUAUAAAAUUUUCUAAUUACUGAA